UACGUCAUGACGUUGAGUUUGCCCCUGCCCAUCAGCCCAGGAAACCCUGUGUAGACCUGCCAACGCCCGGUGGAGAGAAGGGGGAAAGACUGAGAGGUCUGCAUUAGACAAGCGUUGCUGACAUAAACAACAAAAAUAGCAGCCAUGCAGACAAUUAAGUGUGUGGUCGUUGGUGAUGGUGCUGUUGGUAAAACGUGUCUCUUAAUAUCCUACACAACAAAUAAAUUUCCUUCGGAAUACGUACCAACGGUAUUCGAUAACUAUGCCGUAACAGUUAUGAUCGGUGGAGAACCAUAUACUUUAGGAUUAUUUGAUACUGCAGGGCAGGAAGAUUAUGAUAGAUUACGACCUCUUAGCUAUCCACAGACAGAUGUGUUUCUUGUCUGUUUCUCCGUGGUCUCUCCAUCUUCAUUUGAAAAUGUGAAAGAAAAGUGGGUACCAGAAAUUACUCACCACUGUCCCAAGACUCCUUUCUUGCUUGUUGGGACCCAGAUUGACUUAAGAGAUGACCCUUCAACAAUCGAGAAACUUGCAAAAAACAAACAGAAGCCAAUCACUCCAGAAACAGCAGAGAAACUUGCUAGAGACUUGAAGGCAGUAAAAUAUGUGGAGUGUUCUGCCCUCACACAGAAAGGCCUAAAGAAUGUAUUUGAUGAGGCGAUAUUGGCCGCCCUGGAGCCCCCAGAGCCCAAGAAGAAACGCAAGUGCGUGCUGCUAUGAACACCCACCAUCCAUGGUCCUCCUUCUGCAAAGCUGGUGUCGACGUCAAACUAAAAGCAAUGUUUAAAUCAAACUAAAGAUGAAAUACAAUUCCCCCCCCUGCCCAACGUUUACCACCCUUAAACAAAGGGGUGUCCGAAAAAUCAAACCCAACAACUUAUGUAACAUAAAAAUAGUUGAACAAUUGUGUAUCUUCAGGAUCACACAUAGACACACACACAUUGUUACUAGGUUUUUUUUUUAUAUUAUUUACUGUAUCUAACGUCUUAUAUUAAGAGCAAGGCAUGCUUUGUAGGUAACAGACUAAUUUUAAAGCUCUGUUUUAUCAGCCCAACUCUUGUACCAAGUUGGCAGGAAUUUUUUUUUCUGUUUUUUACUGUAUAAUUGCACAAACAUCGGGCAGGUUGGCACGUUGUUUUCCCACGCUCACCUAAAGUCUAAGACCCCAAUAUAAGCCUGCUGCCAAUCUAGGACAUGAGUUAACACUAGACAAGCAUGAUUCUAGUUUCCAAAAUCAAAAUGUCCUUUGUAAUCUACUUCCUCGACUGUUAAAGUCCAGGUUUCUGACUCUUGACAUAUAGAGUCGAACCAUUUCAGCACUGACUCUCCAGAAUAUUUCUCCAUCUUUCAUUUCUAACUCCUUUUUUUAAGUUCGAGGGUAGAUAUGUGUUGGGUGCCUCUUUGGCAGAAAGUAGGGAUUAUUUCAUCCCCUGGAGUAUCUU